AUGGACAGGCUUGAUGACAUUAACUUCCGUACCACGGUCAACCUCCUCCCCGGCACACAUCACAUCAAGUUCAUCGUCGACGACGUCUGGCGCGUGGCUGAUUCCCUGCCGGCUGCAGUCGACGACGACGGCUCGCUCGCCAACUAUAUCGACGUCGCACCUCCCGCACCCGCAUCUACACCUUCCCAACCGACAUCCCCUCUUCCCACGACAGCCGACCACGGCCCGCUACCGACGAUCCAAGCUCCUCCUGGCCCACAACCGCAUCAGUUCCAGGGCGGCGGCGGUUCGUUCUGGAGCAGCGGAGGGAGUGAGACUGGAUUCGCGGCCAGCAGCGGGACGUGGACGGACGUCAUUCCUCCUGCCCUCAUCGCCGCCGCACACGAAGAGGAGAUGUUCUUGGCAGACCACUCCAGCGCGGGCACAGGCGCAACAGCACCGCGCAUCCCGCCCGCGCCCUUACUUCCUCGACAUCUCGAUAAACUCAUCUUGAACGCCCGGCCGCCGCAGCCUCGUGGGGAGCGGGAGGGCAGAAGUUCAAAGAAGGACAAGGAUCGCGAAGGGCGCGAACGGGACAGAGAUAAGGAGCGCGAGAAGGACAAGGGAGAUAGGGCCGAACGCGGUAGCAGGACGCGCGGGGCGGCGCCUGUACCCGUGCCCGAGCUCGAUAUGCCCGAGCCGGAGGAGUCGCGUGCGCCAGGCAUGAAGACUCGCCUACGCGACGGCGGCGCAGGGCCCACUCCUGCAUUGGCAGACGACGCGAGCGUGCUGCCCGUACCCAAUCACGUCGUGCUUCACCAUCUCAGCACGAGCGCCAUCAGGAACGGAGUGCUGGCCGUCGGAAACACGACUCGGUAUAGGAAGAAGGGCCAGUUCAUUACGACGGUGUACUACAAGCCGACCUAG